AUGAUUGCUGCUGAAGAGUUAGCUGAGGAAUAAUAGGAUCAUAAUAAUUAAUUGAUUCAAAAUGGAAAGUCUAUAUUUAAGCCUCAGUUUUUGUCUAAAUAAUAAAGAGAAGAAUAAAAAUAAAAAUAAGAAGAAUAACAAAAUAAAUAAUAAUAAGAAAAGUAAUAAUAGAUUGCUUAGAUUCGUAAAGAAUAUAUUCAUUUUAGAAGUAAUAUUUAUAUUAAAUAUAGGUGAUGAUCAAAAAGUAAGAUAAAUUUUAGAGAGAAAAAAAUCAAAAAGUAGAAGCAGAUCAAGAAGCAAAGAGAAAAACAAUCGUUAUAUAACAUCUAACACUAGAGCAACAGUUCCUGUAAAAAUGGAUGGAGAAAAUUAAGAAUUAAUGCAUAUUAAAAUGCAAUAUUUAGGAUUGAAUAAAGAGAAGAAAAAAAUCUUAAAGCCUUCUGAAAAGUUUAAAAAUAUAUUUAAUUUUGAAUGGGAUGCCACAGAAGAUACUUCAAUUGAUUUUAAUCCACUUUAUAUAAAUAGGAUAAAUGCUAGUGGUUUACAUUCUAAAGCAUAGGAAGAUAAAGAUCCUGAUUAAUUGUUAUCAUCAGAUCAUUGGAGCAAGAAAUCUUUAGGUCAAAUGUAACCAAGAGAUUGGAGAAUAUUUAGAGAAGAUAUGGAUAUUAUAAUUAAAGGAGGUCGUGUUCCAAAUCCUAUAAGAGAAUGGAAUGAAGUUUAAUUACCAAAAAAUUUAAUGAAUUCUAUUCGAAAUUUAAAUUAUGUUAAACCAACACCAAUAUAGAUGCAAACAAUACCAAUAGGUUUAGAACGUAAAGAUAUGAUUGGUAUUGCUCCUACAGGAAGUGGUAAAUCUGCAGCAUUUUUAAUACCAUUAAUUACUUAUUUAUCAACACUUCCAAAAUAAGAUGAUAAAAUAUGUAAAGAUGGACCAUAUGCAUUAAUAAUGGCUCCAGCUAGAGAAUUGGCUAUUUAGAUUGAAGCAGAAUUUUAAAAAUUAUCUUAGGGAUAUAAUUUAAGAUCAUUUGUAAUAGUAGGAGGUAGGAAAGAAGAAGAAUAAGAAUUUCAUUUGAAAAAAGGAAUAGAGAUUUUAAUAGGAACACCAGGUAGAAUAAAAGAUUUAUUGAUGAAAAAGUAUUUGGUAUUAGAAUAAUGUUCAUGGAUUGUAUUAGAUGAAGCAGAUAAAAUGAUUGAUUUAGGAUUUGAAUAAGAUGUAAAUUAUAUUUUGGAUUCAAUUACAACUGAAAUGAAAUCAGAAGAUGAUAUAGCAGCUGAAUUUGAAGAGAAGUUGGCAUAAGCUGGAGAAAAGUAAUAUAGAGUAACUCAUUUAUUUUCAGCCACAAUGCCUCCUUAAGUAGAAAAAUUAGCAAAAAGAUAUUUAAGAGCAUUUUGUUUUAUUAGUAUAGGUGAACCAGGAGGUGGUAAGAAAGAUAUAGAAUAAAAAAUAGAUAUGAUUAAUGAAGCAGCUAAAAAGUAAUUUAGAUUAUUUAGUUAUAGAAAUCGUUUAUUGUAAUUGUUAGCAUCAAAUAAACCUCCGAUUAUAAUUUUUGCUAAUUAAAAGAAAAGUGUUGAAAUAUUAAGUAAAACAUUAGAGAAAUAUGGAGUAAUGAUAAUAAUACAAAAUAUUUUAGUAUAAUUCUGUUGUUUAUCAUGGAAGUAAAACAUAAUAACAAAGAGAAGCAGCAGUUGAAGGAUUUAAGUCUAAAAAGAUUGAUAUCUUAAUUGCUACAGAUUUAGCAUCUAGAGGUUUACAUGUUGAAGGUGUUUAAAUGGUUAUUAAUUUUGAUGCUCCAAAAAAUAUUUAAGUAUAUGUUUAAAUUUAUUAAAAGGAUUUUAUUCAUAGAACAGGUAGAACAGGAAGAGCAGGAAAAAGAGGAUUAGCUGUGACAUUUCUUACUAAUUCAGAUUAAGAUCUAUUUUAUGAUUUAAAAGAGUAUUUGAUUAAAAGUGGAUAAAAUGUUCCACCAGAGUUGGCAUAACAUACGGCAUCUAACCAAAAACCUGGUUCUGUACCUGAUAAUGUGCCUAGAAGAAAACAAGUAAUUUUGGCGCAUUGAUA